CACUCAUGUCCCCCAAGAGUACGGCCACUAUCGAUUCCAUGUCCCAUCCUCUGCCUGCCCCAUCAACGCCAGGGUCCACGGGAGACGAACAGCCAGCUGUUAAGCGACGCCGUAUUGCAGUCGCAUGCACUUCAUGUCGGCACAGAAAAUCAAGAUGUGAUGGCGCCCGACCAUCUUGUGCCUCUUGUGCCGAUGGAGGCUUUCCAUGUGUGUAUGAGGGGCCUCUUCCAAAAGGUCCCGUAAAGAAGAGAGUGCGAGGUGAUCUUGGUGAACGUCUAAGAGUCAUUGAAAGGACGCUCCAGCAAUUAGUGCGGAACCAGGAGACGACUGGAGACAGGCCAAUGCAGGGGCGUCUCCUGGAAACACAAGAUAUACUUCAAAGAUUUAUUCUGGAACCUAAGAAUGAAGCCCAAGCUCAGAAUACGGAGGUGGAUACCGUCGACGGCCUGGCCGCCAUGCAUAGCGGUGAUGUGGAUUCGCGAUUUUUUGCUCACUGCGCAUUUUUUGGAGGCCCUUCGUCAAACAUAAGGCUGCUGAAUAUUGUAUCAAGGGCUACGUCAGUUGCCUUCAGAACUGCUAGACCAUUUGAUGGUCUGAAUCAGUCAAUACUCGAAGAGUCUAUCACACGUUCGCAAUCACCCAUUGCUACUACUGCCGUGUCAACUCUCACCAGCCCGACCUCUACCAGUCCUCAAAUGCUUCCUGUCGAGUCUCGAGCCGUCUACUUGAUAGAGCUCUAUUUCUCAGACACUGGAACUAUGUUUCCUUUCAUCAGCGAGGAACAAGUCUUAGCAUCGUAUUAUGCUUGCAAAGACAAACAAUUUUCCAAUAUCCGUCAUUCUUUGCUGUGUCUUUUUAAUGCAAUCUUUGCGUUUGCUACUUAUAUUAGUGCAAUGCCAGGCGAGGCAAUCACAAAAUGUGCUACUGAAGCUGACAUUUAUUAUCACCGCGCACUUGCUGCACGGGCAAGCGGGACACGAGGGUCAAAUGAUGUGGAACAAGUACAAUCUUUGCUUCUUCUGGGCUUGUACUGCCAAGGUACUCAGCGUCCCGAAGAAGCAUGUACUCUACAUGGCCUGGCAGUGCAAGUUGCACUCAAACUAGGCCUACACUCACCUUCAAGAUUAAAUCAAUUGCAAGGUUUAGAGAGAGAGAUUCGUAAACGACUGUGGUUUGGCUGCUUCAUGAUGGAUAGAACCCUCAGUAUGACAUUAGGACGGCCACCUAUCAUUCAAGAUGCACACAUGAAUCUUGAACUUCCUCUUGAUGCCAGUCUGGACAGCCUUUUACACACGACCGGUCAGAUAAGGAAGUACAACGAGACUCGACAAACCAACACGUCCUGUUUCUUCAUUGCCACCUUAAAGCUCUAUAAGAUUAUGGGCACGGUUGUUCAGAAACUGUAUGGGCAGAACUUGGAUGAAGAAAUUAUAGAAGAGAGUGGAGUUCAGAUGCAGGACAUGUUCCUCAUUGAAGAGGACCUGAACAGUUGGAAAAUGGGCCUGCCUGAGAAGCUACUUCUACAGCCUUGGGUAAACUCUGGGUCGAGGGAACGGCCCCAGCCACCUUAUCAUCCGGUAUUUGCCCGCCUUAGUGUUGUGACUCAGCUGCGAUAUCUCAACAUACGGAUUCUGCUCCACCGUCCGGUGCUGAGUCAUCUGCUGUGGAAGAGAAGGACUCGCUCCUUGGAAAGAAACAGGGAGAAGAACUUUAGGGAGGAAACGUGGAACUCGAGCGUCAUGGUCUGCCAGGACUCUGCGACAAAAAUCAUUGACAUCAUCCAUUGCAUGGCUGAUUCGGUGGAUCUUCUAGGGGCUUGGUGGUACUCUGUAUAUUUCACUUUCAAUGCCGCACUUAUCAUCUUCGGCUGCAUUCUACUAUCACUCGACACGCGCCACGACACCUCGUCUCCCACGGCUGACCUUGGAGCAGAUCCAAAGCUCUUCUCAGAGCUGACACGAGCUAUUGAAGUGACUGAGAGAGUUGGAAAGGAUGCAAAGCCAGCUAGACAAGUGCUGGCGAUUCUAACAAAAAUUGUCAAAAUCUGUCUGAGACCAGAAACAAAGACCUCCCUCGGCACGAGCGAAGGUGUGGCUAUUGGGACAUCGUUCAACCCACAAGAGCCAGUAGCACCGGCAUCAACGUGCAUGAUUGAUCCUCUAGAGAGCUCAACUCAGUGGUGGGGGGAAGAGAAUCUUGAAGAACUAGGAGACAUAGUUGGUGUUGAUCCCGGUCUUAUUAGUUUGAUGACAAUGUGA